AUGCAGCAGUCGGGUCAAAGUGGCACCAAAAACACGCUUCAGCACGCCAUCGGCCCGGUUCUGGUUAUAGCCCAGUUCUUUGGAGUCCUGCCUGUUGCGGGGGUCUGGCCGAGUUCUCGACCGGAGAAGGUGCGCUUCCGCUGGAUAUCCUUGUCCCUGCUUGCUGCUCUCAUCCUGUUUGUUUUCUCCAUCGUGGACUGCGCCCUAUCCUCGAAAGUGGUGUUCGAUUAUGGUCUGAAAAUCUAUACCAUAGGAUCUCUCAGUUUCAGCGUGAUUUGCAUCUUCUGCUUUGGGGUCUUCCUGCUGCUAUCCCGUCGCUGGCCAUACAUCAUCCGUCGCACGGCGGAGUGCGAGCAGAUCUUCCUGGAGCCGGCGUACGACUGCAGCCAUGGACGUGGCUACUCCAGUCGCCUUCGCCUCUGGGGAGUCUGCAUGCUGGUGGCCGCUCUGUGUGAGCACUCCACCUAUGUGGGCAGUGCGCUGUACAACAAUCACCUGGCCAUCGUGGAGUGCAAGCUGGAUGCGAACUUUUGGCAGAACUACUUUCAGCGGGAGCGGCAGCAGCUGUUCCUGAUCAUGCACUUCACCUCCUGGUGGAUACCCUUCAUCGAGUGGACCACCCUGUCGAUGACGUUCGUGUGGAACUUUGUGGAUAUCUUUCUGAUACUCAUCUGCCGCGGCAUGCAGAUGCGGUUCCAGCAGAUGCACUGGCGCAUCCGGCAGCAUGUGAGGCAGCAAAUGCCGAAUGAGUUCUGGCAGAGGAUUCGCUGUGAUCUCCUGGACCUCAGUGAUCUGCUGGGCAUCUACGACAAGGAACUGUCCGGCUUAAUAGUUCUGUCCUGUGCACACAACAUGUACUUUGUUUGUGUGCAGAUUUAUCACAGCUUUCAAUCCAGAGGCAACUAUGCGGAUGAGUUAUAUUUCUGGUUUUGCUUGUCGUAUGUCAUCAUUCGCGUACUAAACAUGAUGUUCGCCGCAUCCUCUAUUCCCCAAGAGGCGAAGGAGAUAUCCUACACCCUGUAUGAAAUACCCACUGAGUUUUGGUGCGUGGAGCUCAAGCGACUGAAUGAGAUUUUUCUAUCCGACCAUUUCGCACUCAGUGGCAAGGGAUACUUUCUGCUGACCAGACGUUUAAUAUUUGCAAUGGCUGCUACUCUGAUGGUCUAUGAACUGGUGCUCAUUAACCAAAUGGCUGGAUCCGAGGUGCAAAAGAGCUUCUGCGAGGGCGGCGUUGGCUCCUCCAAGAGCAUAUUCUCCUAGUUCUAGUUUCAAAUAUGCAUUCAUGUGCACCUACUGUGUUCUUUAAUCGCACCUAAUCAA